AUAUGGUGUGUUGCUUUGCAAUGACGUAUUGAAGAUGUGCUGCCUCCGGUAGGUGGAGUAAUGUGCAACCUAAACUUUCUCUUUAUUUUCUUUUUCUUUGUCCGUGUCUUUUUUUAUUUUCUCUUUUGCUUUUUUGUGUGUUUGUUCCUUUUAUUUCUUUUCCUUUUCAUUUUUUAAUAUUCAUAUAUAUAUAUAUAUAUAUGUUAAAUCUAAGCUAUUGUUAUUAUUAAUAUAUCUUUCUCUUUUUUUUAUUCUCUCCUCUUUUUCUUUUCUCUUUAUUCUCUCUAUUCUCUCUAUUUUUUUUGUUUUCCCUUUUCCCUUCCUUGUGCGUUACGUAGAUUAUGCCGAUGCAGCUAUAUGAGUUGCAGACGUAACACGAAGCCACCAUAACCCCAACCUUCUCGUGUGCCUCGUUUCUUGCUUCCGACCAUGUUCCCCUGCGGCGGAUCCAGCGUCGAAGUAGUGUCUCGGUUGAUGAAGCGUUUGGAAGAAGCCAAAGGCCUCGUCCCCGAUCCGAAUGCUGCUUCUUCCCAGGUUGUUCUUACGAAGAUCGACGAGAUCAAGGAAAAAAUGGAGGAGAUGAGAAAAAAGUUGCGGGAAUCCAAGGGCAAAGAAGACACCGCCAUGGAUAGAUUUGCAAUCGUCGCCAGGCAUGUCGACGAGCUGUUGCGGUCGGCAAAGAAGACGUUGGAUCCCUCGGAAACAGAGAGCCGACUAAAGUCGAAGCUCGACGAAAUCAUGAAAAACAUCAAUUUCAAAAUCGAGAAAUUAAAGGCGAAGCCAAUGGAUUCGUCGGGUGAACAGGAAUCCAAGGCUGAGGAGGAGGAGGAGGAGGAGGAGGAUUUCCCACUGGAGCGGCAGAUCCAAGAGAGCUCCGCUUGGGCGCACCUAUUGCUUGUGGUCGACAGCUUCGAGACUCAGCUAAAGCUUUGCCUCUUCUGCCUCACCGUCUUCCCGGCGAACGCUGUCCUCAAGAAGAGGCUGCUGAUCCACUGGUGGAUGGGAGAGGGAAUAGUGAAGAGUUCUGAGGAAGGGAAGAAAUGCUUCGACCAACUCGUCUCCAAGGGCCUGAUCAUAACCAUUAAGAAGAAGCACUGUGACAAGGUGCACCACUUCAGUAUACAGUCGUGGAUUCGCAGGCUGUUGAUCACCGUCGCCAAGAGCAAUGCCUUCCUCGAAUUCGACCAGGACGGCCGCCCCAGCAACGACUACUCCAGGAGUCGCCGUGCGUGCUUGCGCCUCGAACAAAACCCCAUCGGCGACGAUGGGGAACGUCGACUGCUCACCGUCUACAACGUCUACAAGCGCUACGUCGAAUUCGAACCCACAUGGCUAGUCAACAAGGGCGAGAUGACCACAAUGCAGCUGGGGCGGUGGAAGGACUCGGACCAGAAGCACCAUAUCGAGGUCAAGAACGACGAGUUCUUGAAGGGGAUCGACCACUGCAAGAGCUUGCGGUACAUGAGCCUAAGAGGCGUAUCGAGGGUGGAAACGCUUCCCGAGUCCAUCGGCAAGCUCACCAAGCUGAUGGUGUUGGACCUCCGGGCGUGCCACAAUCUGGAGAAGCUGCCGGAGGAGAUCGGGUCCGCCAAGAAGCUGCAGUACCUGGACGUGUCGGACUGCUUCCUGCUCGACAAGAUGCCCAAGAGCAUCGCCAACCUCUCCGAUCUGGAAGUGCUCAAGGGGUUUUUACUGAUCAGUGGGCCUGAUGACAAACAUGUUUGUCAUCUCCAUGAGUUGGCGAAGCUGACCAAGUUGAGGAAGCUCAGCAUCAACAUAGGCAGUUGGAUCGCAGAAAAAGAGCUGGAGAAUGUGGGCGAGUUGAAGAAGAUCACCACACUCAUCAUAACAUGGGCAGUGGUUACAGAGAAGAAGGAAGACUCUCAUUCCACCAGAGGAGCUGAGGCGCCCUCACAGGAGAAGAAACAACAAGGGACUGGUAAGGACUCAGUCAAAGAUCUCCCACCGAAGUCCAUACAAUCAUCUGAUGCUGCUACUGCUGCUGCUGAUGCCGAUGCUCAUGAUGAUGGUGAAGAUGAUGUCAUCGAAAAGCGUCAGCUGCCACAUCCACCGGAGCAGAAACCAUCAACAUCCGAUGUCCCGUACAAGAACGCCGAUCCAAGGAUCGAAGACGUUACUUUUGGUACUGAUGCCACUACGAAGAAAGUUCAACCAAUAUCCGACCAUGAUGCCACUUCGGGAGCGAGGCCACUGACGAAGAAAGAAACCAAGAAGAUUGCAGCGGAUCGUUCCCUUGAUCCCGCUAAGGUUACCCUUCCUAGUACGAUAGAGAAGCUGGACCUCCGGUGCUUCACCGAGGAGGAGUUCCCGCAGUGGAUUGAUCCCCUUAAAUUACAAAAGCUGAAGAAACUGUACCUGAGGGGAGGGAUGCUCCGAAGUCUUGGAGACGGCCGGGGGUGGAAGGUGGAGGUGCUGCGCCUGAGGUUCCUCAAUUAUCUGGAUCAUCCCAGCUGGGAGAAGCUGACAAGUUCGUUCCCCGAGCUCCGAGUCGUGGAGAAAUUCAAGUGCGGAAAAGAAAGUUCAUCGCACAAGGAAUCAAGUUCUUGGCCUUGCAAUAAAGAAGGGCUUUGGUGCAAGGAGGAUGCCAAAAAGAGUGCUGAGGAUGAGCCGAAAGCCAUGAACUUGCCGCCACCGGAGACCGAUUGAUCAGUUGCUGUGCGUGCUCGUAUGUGCGGACUUACGCAUAAUAUCUUUUGUCGUGUGUGUGUGCUUUGGGAAUUCCAUGUUUCCUUUGAGCUAUUAAUAAUAAUGUAUCAACUGCUUUGCUUUCUGCUUUGAUCGCCUUUUUUUUUGCUUUUUUUUUCUUUUCUUCGGUUGACAAUUGAGUUUGGGUGGAGUUUGGGUGGAAGUUCGCUUUGUUUGUGUGUGUGUGUGAAACUUACUCGAGAUCGUUCUCAUUUUCAACCACAAAGAACAAUUAAUCAUGUCAAGUUCUUCGAGAAAUUCUAAUUUUUUUCUUGAAUAACGAGUUAUAUUUGUACAUCUAUUCUUUAUUUUCGAAAAUAUAUAUAUUACUUAACAAAAUAUUCACAUUAUAAAUUAAUAAAAAUUAAAUUCAU